UCAGUACGGUCGGUACGGCACGGGUGUCGACCGUCGUACUCACUGGAUGGGCUCUGUUUCAGUGUGCAAUGAAUCUUACCGGAAUGCGCAUUGACGACUCUUGGGAUCACAAACGAUAAUUUUGUUCAUUAGUAAACAUUCCGUAACAGAAAUUACAUUCGGUCCUAUAAUAAGUUUUAUUAAGUUGUGGGAUACAAAUCGUGUUUACUUUACAGACAGUGAGUGAAAUGUUUUGAAUUGUGACGGACGGCGUUGUAUGAUGAUAUUGGAGAGAAUGCAGUUCCAAUUACCUUCUUGAAGUAGCGGAUGGCGCUGGUCGAGGAAGCAGGCGCGGGCGCCGCCUCCGACGACCCGGAGGCGCUGCUCAACGAGUGGCUCGGCGAGCUCACCGUGCUCACGGCGGGUCUAAAUGCGUGUAAUGAGGGCGAGAGCGCGCUGAGGCCGCUCGAGAUCGUGGCGCCGCGCAUCGAUACCUACCGGUUCUCGAUGGCCAACCUCGAGGAGAGUCACGACGCCGACCUCGACGCCAUUCUGGGCGAGCUCUGCGCCCUCGACUCCGAGUACGACGAGGAGAUAUCUAGGGUGUCUUCAGGUUACUCGUCGAGCAGUAAAGAGCGCGACGGGCCGGGCUGCGCGCGUCGGCAGGAGUGCAAGGACAGCUCCGACGGCGCCUCCGUGCCGAGGACCGACUCGCCCGACAAUGACUCCGCCUUUAGUGAUACUGUUUCAAUGCUGUCGAGCGAAUCCUCGGCGUCAAGUAGUACUAGUGCAAAAUGUAAAGCGAUCAAACUCAAUCUACAUCAGGAUCAAAAGAAUGCGAGUUUCCAACAGAAGGCUGACAAGAUAAAGCUAGCGUUAGAGCGCAUGCGCGAGGCUAACAUUAAGAAGUUGUUCAUCAAGGCGUUCUCGACGGACGGCUCGUCCAAGAGUCUGCUGGUGGACGAGAAGAUGAGCUGCGGCUACGUGACGCGCCUGCUGGCCGACAAGAACCACGUGUCGAUGGAGCCCAAGUGGGCCGUGGUCGAGCAGCUGCCCGAUCUACAUAUGGAACGUGUGUAUGAAGACCACGAAAUGUUAGUGGAUAAUUUAAUGUUAUGGACAAGAGAGUCGAAAAAUAAAAUAUUAUUCGCCGAAAGACCAGACAAAAUAUCAUUGUUUCAAACUCCGGAGAAGUUCCUUUUAUCGGAGGAUGAUAGAGGGUGGUCAAGCGAGCACGAUGAGCAUUCAAGGCACGUGAUAUUAGAAGAAUUCUUCGGGCAAAGCGGCGGGGCGAGCAGCGCGGCGCCGUCCGUGUCGGGGCACCCCGUGCCACCCAUGGAGGGCCCGCUCUACCUCAAGAGCGACGCCAAGAAGGGCUGGAAGAAGUACCACUUCGUCCUCAGGCCUUCCGGUCUCUACUAUUCGCCGAAGGAUAAAGUGAAGACGCUGAAAGAACUAGUCUGUUUAGCGACUUUCGACACGAACGAAGUUUACUUAGGAUUGAAUUGGAAAAAGAAAUACAAAUCACCGACCGACUACUGUUUUGCUAUCAAGCACCCGAGGCUACAACAACCAAAGAGUGUUAAGUUUAUAAAGUUCCUGUGCGCGGACGACCAGCGAACGCUGGAGCGAUGGGUUACCGCCAUGAGGAUAGCCAAGCAUGGGAGGCAGCUGCUGGAGAACCACCGGUCGCUGGUGGAGGAGCUCACACAGGAGGACCUGGACCACCUCGCGCACGCGCGCUCCUGCUCGAUAACGUCGAUCCCUACGAAGACCGGCGGCGCGGCGCCGCCGGGGGCGAGCAGCCCGGCGCAGGCCUCCAGUAUCUCCAGCAGCGCCAGCAUCGCCAACUCCGAUAUCAGCAGCGGCAGGCACUCGCGCGCCUCGUCGUCGAGCUCGAGCGGCUGCCUGUCCGACGGCGGCACGGCCUCCGAGAGCGCCUUCGACUGCGAGUUCCCCAUGGGAACGAUAAAGCGUAAACCGUCGAUGAAGCCGAACAUCCCGCUGACGUGGAUGACGCGGCAGUUGAAGGAGAUGGCGGAGACGGAGGCGGCCGAGGCGGAGGAGGCCGGCGACGGAGGCACGCUAACGCGCACGCCGCGCGCCCCGUGUGAUGACUCCACGCUUAAGCGCAGGCACCACAUCAAUUCGUCAGAAAGUGCAAUUUAUGGCAGAACGACACUGGUAAGCAGCCCGGCUCGCGACGAGCCGACGUCCCCGGGAUACGCCAUCUACGAGAGCAUCCCGCGCGAUACCGCGCCAGCGGCCGCCGACACCGCCUCCUCGCUGUACGGGUACGCCGGCCUGUACGAGCCGGGGCGCGCGCCGCCCGCCGACGACCUGCCUCCGCCGCCCGCCCUGGAGCCCGACGCCAUGUUCAGCUCCACACUGAGCCUGGACUCGUUGCCGCCGCCCCCGCCGCCCCCCGAUCCCGUCGAGGACCUCUCGGGCUCUCAGCUCAGCCUGCCUCCUCCGCCGCCCGAACACACUAUAGACACUCAACCGGGCCGCGUGCACGACAUCGUCAAUCAGCUGACUUCGCAUCAGAUCGAACAGACCGCCCGAGCCAACUCUCGAAACUCCGACCUGAGCCGCUCGUUCCCGCGGCAGCCCUCCCUGGACAGCGUCAGCUCCAGCGCGUCGCGGACCUCCUCCCUUCAUUCCGAUAAGAGCAUCUACGGUCAACAGAACGUGGCUUACGGAGCAUGUUUAGCGGAACUUCAAAACAAGACGUUAAGCAACGGCAGUCCCUCCAUUCAAAAGAAAAUAAUGACGGAGCCAACGAAGGAACGCACGGGGUCGAUUAAGAAAGUGAAUUUCGCUGACGAUUUGCCGACGUGCACCGACUCUGCGAAAAAGAACAAGAAAAUCACAUUUAACUUGAAGGAGGCACCGCCGUCGUCGCCGCGCAAGCCGCCCCCGCCGAAACGCAACGAAAGCACACGACUAUCGUCUCCCAAGAAAUUGGUUGAUUCCAACAGCAACCCACCCAAAGAAUUUCUUAAAGAUCUGCAACGUGUGAUGAGAAAGAAGUGGCAGGUCGCACAAAAGUGUAAGUUGGAGCCUGCGACGACACCUCACGAAGUGCUGGGCUUCCGAGAAUAUCCACUGUCGGAGGACUACAAAGAGACGAGCGUGUCGAUGUGGGUGCAGGAGCAUUACGGCAGCGCAGUGGAGGACCCGUUCUACGAGAACGUGUACGGGCGAGGCGAGACGAGCUCGGCGCCGCGCCGCGACGAGCCCAAGCCCAUCAAGAAGAGGCCGCCGCCCGCGCCGCCGCGCCGCAGCGACUCCACGCACCUGACCUCGCACCCGCUGCCGUCCGCCGUGCACCCCUCCGCUUGAAACCCGCUGUGGCGCGCGUGCUGCUGGCUGUGGACGGGCCGGCCGCCCGGCGCCGACGACGUAGAUAACGAUUUCAGAACUCGACGGUUCUGCGACAGUUUGAACAGUUCCACUAGUACGGUUGACGGUCGUGCGUGAUAUCGUUUUGUAUAGUGUAUAACGCACGGGCAGAGAUUGUUGUACGUUGAGGUGAAUGGUUGAAUGGUGUAGUUUUUCCAUUUUUAUUGAUUAGUUAUAAUUAUUACAUUUACACAACUGAUUACUAAAUGUGCUAUGGGUAUUUAGGAGUAAUUUAAUAAGUCACCAACAAGUGGACAUAAUUAUGCCUACUAGUAACAAAUUGUAUUAUGAUAAUUUUCAAGUUGGUAAGGUACCGAUAUUACUAGUGCCAAGCUGUGCGAGCACAAUUUGUAUCCAAUAAAUCGUUUUCAAAAUACGUUAAGCGCGUUAAAUUUAAACAACUAAUGUAAGAAAAGACAAAUGUGGUCUAAACUUAUAAGUGUGCUAGUUGAAGCUUAAUUAUAAUAUAUGUGACGUUUUCUACCAAAAGGUACCACAUUGUCGCUUGUCGAUAAGGUUGAUUUUGAAUUGAAGCUAUAUGGAAAUAGCGCCUUAUUGACAACCGACAAUAAGUGCCCUUUUGGUUGAGAAUGGCACAUAUAUUCUACCUGCUAAAAGUGAUGUAAUUAGGUAAUUUUUCAGACUGUAGUUCUGACAAGAAAAGUAAAGACCAAUUUCGAUAUUAAAAUGUUAUUAUUUCGAAAAAUAUAAUAAAUCAUUUAUCGUAAUUUGAAUGGCGGUGCUAUUUUGAAAAGGUAUACUAAUGUAUUGUAGGUAAUUUGCAAGUCUACUUGUAAUGAAACUGCUUAAAAAACGAGCUACCUAAUAUAGUUCUAGGCUAAACAUAAUUUAUAGGUAAGUUCUUUAAAAAAAUAUACCUAUCUUAAUUUAUUUAUUAUAAAAUUUAAUAACAUGACAGUUUAACUUAUUUAUCUAAGUUAGUUGAUUACAAGUAGACAGACAAAAUAGUUCUGGGCAUGAGUUGGAGUUUGUGUCAAUUUAAUUUUUUUUGUUCCUAGUGAAACAAAAUAUAAUCGUUUAAAAAUCUUAGUAGAUUCUAGUGAUGUCAGGAAAUAAUGUACCUGACAAGACCUUCUUCAAACUUGCGGCUUAAGGAGGGAUUUAUGGAAAAUUGUUCAUAUUCUAUUUGAAUCAAAUGCGUCAUUUUACAAACGCAAACCGACAUUAAGCCGUGGCGGGGGGCGUGGAAGGUAAACCGGGCUCCUGUUAUUAUGUAUAAUCAACAGACAGGUGCACUCGCUAGUGUACUUGACUCAAUUUGCUGCCACAAUUUAGGUACAUGUAUUUGGAAUGUAUGUUUUAAUUUGCUAUAAUAUUUUAUGCUAGAUAUCCUGCAGUGUUUAAAAUUUGAUGUUGCCUAAACGUAGGAUUAUACAGGCCAGCUACUCCUUGAACCGGAGUCGAGGAUAUUUAACAGAGUAACCUAUUUUUUUCGCAAUAUGUUGCAGUUACUCCUUUUAAAUGUCCUACUUUAUCCAAAGCAGAAUGCAGCUAAAUAGUUUGUAUUGUAGUAGCACUAAUUAAGGAUAUCUACCAUUCCACCUUGCAUUUAUACUACAUACAAAAAAUAUGAGUUUUAUCACUCCCUAAAAUAAUAAUGCCUACUUUAAGACUUCAUGUCAUUGGGUAUAUUAUUUUCGUUUUAUUUGCGAAAUGACCUAAGUAUUUGAGGCCUAUAAUAGUUUCAGAACAUAUUGUCUAACUAACUAUUGUAAAUUAUAAACAUACAGAAUCGGACAUUUUAGAGAAAUAAUUUAAUUUGAAGAUAUAUUAUGUAUGACCAUGACAUUAGACCGCAAAUAAAUUAUAGCUAUAUACUUAACAAUUCCUAAUUUAGUGCCAUAAUUAUGAAAACAUAUUUUAUUGUUUUUUGGUAAGGUUAUUCAUAUUUAUUUCAUGGAUAAAAGUCUAAUCGUUAAUUUAUUUAUUUAGCUGGAAAAAAACAUAGUACCUACUUGUGCGUACGGAAGCAUACAGCUGCAAUUUAGGUAUACUCCCUUAUUUAUACUAUGAUGUUUGCGCAAACACAAAAUAUAUGCAAUGAAAAGGACAAAAUUAAAAAAUAAACAUAACUCCAAUAUCAUAAAGAUCUCACUGUAGUCAGAAUACGUUACUUAUUUUUAUGUUCGGGCUGUGAUUUCUUUUUUGUGUCUGGCUUAGUUUCUGAUAAUGAGUUGUAUAAGUACCUACCCAAUAAAAAAAAGGUUGGAUCUGAAGUGAAUGCUACUUGCGCAAAUUUUAAGAGAUUCCAUUCUAGGGAAGAAAAGAGAUGGACAGGCUCAGGCUCGGCAGGCACAGUACACGUCAAAUACACGGUAGGACAUAAUAUUUAAUCCAAAUGAUAUGUAGAAGAACACGUUACACUGUAUCUAGUUUAGUCGGGUUCAUUUUAGUUCGUUAACGAAAUAAAAAGCGAGGUAUUUAGCUAAACUCCCUACAUUUACCAUUUAGGUGAAAUUUGGUGGUACUAGAGAUAACUUUUUCAGCAUUAUUACUUUUUCAUUACUCCUGGGUGAAACUAAUAUACACUUAAUACACCUAUGACAUUGUAAGAUUGUACCUACCUACUUAUACCUAGUAUUGCCGAUAACGAAUAAACCGUUUGAGGCAUAAUUAUUAUUAUUUAUUAUACUCGUACAUGUAGCGUCAUUUAGUAAUCACCGCACGUAUAAAUAGGCAACGAGAAUCCAUCCAGAUUCAAAUUCGGGUUACUAAGACUGAAGCAUAAUUGAUCCGAUUUUGACAAUAAACUUGCGUCCAAUGUUGGCAUAGUGGUACCUAUUAAGUUAAACGUCUUAAGUGUUUAACCGGCUAAUUCCAAUAGUUGACGUUCCUGGAAUUAAGAUUGAAAAUCGCAACUAUUGGGCCAGUGUCAAGCACAGGCACAGGCAUUUACUCUAAAUCUUUGAAUGGCGCGUAUGUCAACUCCAGUGAUAUGAGUCCGCAGUCCAUUAUUGUGUAAACAAGGCCUUGACUUAGGUCCGGGUGCACUAACCACAACCGCGCGAACGCGAUAGACUGAUUACCUAUCAUAGCUCGACAGAGAACUAUCAACUUCACUUUACAAGAAAUAAAGAGACGUCAUUAUUGUGAUUAGGUACUGAUGGUUUAGUGCAACCUACCCUUAAUGUGCGUUAUUAUUAUAUCAAUAACUUGUUAAUUAAAGAGGAAUCAUUUUUAUAAUUGUUUAGGGUACCUAUACAAUGCUUAAUUAUUACAAUUGAUCUUUAAACAUAGGGCAACCAAAACUAAUUUGUACUGUAUAGGGUACGGAGCUAUGUAGCUAACUUUUGUAACUUAACAGUUGAAAUUGUACCUAUAGGUAUGUGUGUGUAUAUAAAAAUUAAAACUGGAAUUUUAGAUACGGGUUCUACUAUUUCCAACUGACGUUAUAAAUUUAUGUAUUUGAUACGAUUUAGUUCUCAAACUAUUAUAUGUGUAACGCAUUUAUUAGUAUUCAUGGAUAUCUAUCUAAGUUUAAAUUGUACAGAACAAAUUAAUUAUAAUAUAAGUUCUUUGUAUAUUUUUUCAAAUAUAACGAAAUUUCAAAUUG